AGUCUGUCUGAAACUUUUUAGGUUCUUCUCAUCAGAUCGAUCUCAGCCGCUUCUUUUCUAUCAGUUACCAAAAUUCCCAGUAUCGCCAACCCCUAUUACUAAUAUUAAAGAGAGCAACUGUUUAAAUGAGCAUCUAGAAACUGAGGGUUUAUUGUAUUUUCAGGAGUGGAGAACUUUUGUGUCCCCAAAAAUAUCAAAAUCAGACCUUCUCCCUCAGAUUAAAGGACCUUGCGAAUGGGAUGGGAGCAGCAUCAACUAAUCUGCAGGUCAGGUCAGUUCAUGCCACUCCCUUCCCAUUCCUCUACGUUGGUUUAUCAUAAUUGUCACUGCAGCGCAUCACCACAUUCCCACUGAGCUACAUUCGCGCCACUUCACCUCCUCACAGCCGCUCUGUGAACGAUUCAAAAUGGGAAAAGUUAACGGAUGCCUCAAGUGUGUAUUCAUCUUCUUCAAUUUGCUGUUUGCAAUCAUCGGAGGGGUGCUGAUCAUAGUUACGGGGAUUGCCAGCAUCUACAGCCACCAGAUCUCUGCUGUCGGCGGCUCAGGCCUGGUCUGGUGUUGGGUGUUCGCCAUCUCCGUCAUUGGCAUCUCCUGCCUGGGAAUCUGUGCCGCCUGCUCUGAUUACUUAUGUGCACUAAAAACAUUUGCAGGUUUCAUGGGGGCUGGACUGAUCAUCAUGCUGAUCUGUGGCUUCAUUGUCGUCGCCAAAGGAAAUGAGAUGAAAGAAGUCGUUUACAUCACCUACAGAGACUAUGUAGACUAUAUGGAAGACGAGCGUUCAAUUCCGCCUGUUGAAAGUCACUCUCUUAUGUUCUUCCAGGACAAAUGCUGUGAGUUGAUGGGAGCUAAGGACUGGGGCUCUGACAUCCCACUGUCCUGUGCCUGCUAUGGCAGCCCAGAAUGUAAAUCCAGGCCUUAUGGAACAACUGGCCCGUACCUGAUCUACGCAAAGGGCUGCAUGGAGAUCAUCUUACAGUACAUAGACACUGGCUUAAACAUCAUCAAGGGCAUCUUUUUUGGAUUUUCCGCCAUUGCACUGCUAGGUCUGCUGAUUUCCUCCUCCAUGAUCCACCAGAUCAAACGCCAUGACAGGUCAGCAGGACAAUAUUCCAUGGCCAUGAAUGACGUCCAAACAGAAGCCCUGUGCCCUUUAACCUCUGCACUGUUACAGGAGGAACCAGCGGUCAAGGCGUGACCUCAUUAA